AUGUCAAACUUAAAAAGAGUAUUCACCUUUUGCAUUAAGCCUAAACCAAAUACAAAAUGCAGUAAUGAUAAGAUAGGAAUUGACUGUUCGCUUGAGACACUUAGUACGGACUACUCCGAGUUUUCUUCAAGCCCAGCCAAGAGCAUAAUUAUGGAUCCAGCCGUCUCAGACCUCGCCUCAAGAGUGAGAAUCUGAUUACUGAACGAAGUUCUUCCUGACAACCAAAAAAGAGAAUUACCUUCUCAAUCUCUAAGUCUAAAGAAGACUAACAGUGCUUGUCCAAGAGUAUCAAAAUUCUCUUGGGAUUUUUCGAAUUCUUCAAGAGAGAACAUUAAAGCUAUAAGUGUCCCAAGACUUGCCUACUGAAGUACAAACAGAGAAAGAAGCAAAAAUGAUGAACACCCCAAAAAGGCUUCCUUUGCAAAGAGAAUCGAAGCAUUUAACUCUCUACAAAAGCUGGCCUAUAAUAUAAGGCAGGAUGACGAGGUAAUCUUUGGUGAAGAGAAGCCAUUUGAAUACCUCAAAGAAAUCCAAGAUUACCAGAAUGAAUACAAAACUGCUACAAAAACCAAAAAAUAUGAUUCUAGAUCAGUUAGAAUGAAUAAAAUUUCCUCAUCCAAAACUCUGGCUUUCAGCACCAGAACAAAAGCCAAGCCUCAGAAGCCCAGAAAUUUGAACAUAGUGGAGGCUCAGGCUGAGGAAGUCAAAGUUUCUCACAAAGUUCUUUCUGGAUUGGAUUCAAUAAUCAAAAAUUUCAAACUGUCUUCUAAAAUUUCAAAACUCUCAAAGAAGAAAUCUUCAAACAAGACAAAAUACCAACCGAAGAAAAGCAAGUGCAUUGGUACCUUAAAAGGACCUCUGGGAGAGCCUUGCUUGACUCACAUCCCUGUAGGCCAUCUACAAAAGAUAGUCGCAUCCUUAUCCCAACUUUAAACCUAACUUAAUCUUAACUAUAACUUGAAC